AUGGAAUUUUCCCUCUAUGACUUCGAGAGAACUAACCUACAGCUAUUGUUUCCACAAGAUGAGUACACCAGAAUUAUAGGGCCACAUAAUGACGAAGAUUUGGAACUUAACAUUUCCUACACCGCCACUCAGGCCAUAACGGCCGCCUUCCUGGACUUUGCACAACCGAGUGGCAUGGCAGGCCUAGACUACAUCAAGUCUGGGUUUGGCGACGGCCAGUUCGGCUUCCCAACAAUCUACAUCUAUAGAAUCGCGGAUGGAAAGACGUAG